AUGUCAGAAACUAGGCAAGUUAAAAAUGAUCUUUGGCUCGUUUCCCCAUCUGACAUUAUAUGUUGUGGUCCUGGAGAUGAUGUUGUUCUGUCGUGUCAUCUUGAGCCAGCUAUCAGUGCUGCUUCAAUGGAGAUCAAGUGGUGGAAUAAGUCUGAUCUGGUCUGUCAUUAUAAGGAUAGACAGAUGACAGUGAGCAGAGACUAUGAGGGUCGAGUGAGUCUCCCAUUGCAGGAGCUACACAAUGGAAAUGUGUCUUUGACUCUCAGAGAUGUCAGAAGGUCACAGAGGGGCAUUUAUAUUUGUGAGGUCAUCCAUGGAUGUCAAACUAUAAAGGAAUAUAUUUUUCUCUAUAUCAACUCUCAAGACUUCAGACUUGUGGUUCCUACUGGCCCUGUGCGCACUGACUCUGGAUCAGAUAUCAUCCUACCUGUUCACCUCUCACCUGAAACCAAUGCUGUGUCUAUGGAAAUCAGAUGGUUUAAAGGAACAGAGCUCAUUUAUCAGUAUAAGAACGGGCAGGAGAUGAGAAAUAAUGACUAUAAGAACCGAGUGAGUGUGUCCAUCCAGGAGCUGAGGAGAGGAAAUCUUGCUCCGACUUUGAGAAAUGUUCAGCAAUCUGAUUCAGGAGACUACACAUGCAAACUUUUUCAUGAUCGAUGUCAGAAGACAGGAGUAAUUCACUUGCAAAUUGUGUACCCUUGA